UGGACGGAUCAUCAGUCUCAUCACCAGAUAUCAAAUACAUGGAAGCUCGCUUUGACUAUAAAACACGAGGAUACGUUCUUCUCUGGGACGAUAUUAUAUUCAUUGACAAGGAUGCAGUCCGAAUAGAAUAUGGAGGGGAGACUUUAUUGUAUCGUGUCGACAUUAACCUGGAAUAUUUAACAUAUUGUACAUUAGCGUCAAACCGCUUCAAGUCUGUGCAGCGCUUGAUGUUGUACUGGAUAUUGUCGUUUCCUCUCAAUCAGGCAUUUUGAGGGGACCGGGUGCAGCAAUAACACAAGAAGGAUUGGAUGGAUCAGUUGGUGAGGACAAGGGUGAAGACAAAAAAGAUGAUGCUGUCACUCAGUACAAACGAGGUGAGAUGUACUAUUUUGGCGAAGGCGCCCCACAAGACUAUUCAAGAGCCUUUGACUGCUAUCUCAAGGCCGCCAGCCAAGGAGAUGCUAGUGCUCAGUACAGUCUAGGUACCAUGUACGAAGAUGGCAAGGGCGUCCCACAAGACUACUCAAAAGCCAUUGAAUGGUACCGCAGGGCAGCAAACCAAGGACAUACUGGUGGUCAGAUCAAUCUAGGGCACAUGUAUUAUGAUGGCAAUCGAGUUUCACAAGAUUAUGCAGAGGCAUUUGGCUGGUUCCUCAAGGCAGCCAGCCAAGGAGAGGUCAUUGGCCAGUAUAAUACAGGCGAAAUGUAUGAGAGUGGCAAAGGAACUCCGCAAGAUUACUCAAAAGCCUUUGAAUACUAUUUCAAGGCUGCUAAGCAAGGAGAUGCUGAUGCCCAGGCUGCACUAGGCGCCAUGUAUGAGGAAGGCAAUGGAGUCUCAAGAAACAAUUCAGAAGCCGUCAAAUGGUAUCUCAAGGCAGCAAACCAAGGACAUACCCGUGCUCAGUACAAUCUAGGCUGCAUGUAUGAGUGUGACAAUGGGAUCCCACAGGACUACUCAAAAGCCUUUAAAUGGUAUCUCAAAGCUGCUAAGCAAGGAAAUGCUGAUGCCCAACGCGCGGUCGCCUCAAUGUACGAGGAUGGCAAUGGAGUCGCUAAAAGUCCUGCUAAAGCAAAGCGAUGGUAUCAAAAAGCUGCAGAUCAAGAUGCUGUUGAUACUUAGGAAAUAUAGGAUCAGUUUAAAUGACCAAAAGCUUCAAAAUG